GCUAGUGGAGGAGGGAGAGCAGCGCAGCUCUGAGCCGAGUUUCCUGUUGAGUUUCCCUGUUUGAGGGACAGGAACUCCCUGCUCGGCUACUCUCCCCCGCCCAUGAUAAUAACACCAACCGAGGAGAGAUUCCUCCGGCCGACGACAGAGAAAAAAACUCGGAUUGAAGACUCCUAAAAUUGGAUUUGGGGGUCGCCGGAGGGACUAAUAUUUCGGAUAAAUGGCGCUGAACUAGUCCCUGUAACAUUCACAGAAGUUUUCCUUUCCAACCGUCAGCAACUGUGCACCAUGGCAUCAACGGUGACUUUAGAGGAUGCUCUUUCAAACGUGGACCUGCUGGAGGAGCUGCCCCUCCCGGACCAGCAGCCAUGCAUCGAGCCCCUCCCCUCCUCAGUCAUGUUUCAGCCCAACUUUGACACCAACUUCGAGGACAGAAAUGCAUUUGUCACCGGCAUUGCCAGAUACAUCGAGCAGGCCACCGUCCACUCCAGCAUGAAUGAGAUGUUGGAGGAGGGGCAGGAGUACGCCAUUAUGCUGUACACCUGGAGGAGCUGCUCACGUGCAAUACCACAGGUGAAAUGCAACGAGCAGCCUAACAGAGUGGAGAUUUAUGAGAAGACAGUGGAGGUCCUGGAGCCAGAAGUCACCAAACUGAUGAAUUUCAUGUACUUCCAGCGUACUGCUAUCGACCGUUUCUGUGGUGAAGUCCGUCGUCUCUGUCACACGGAGCGCAGGAAGGACUUUGUUUCUGAGGCAUACCUUCUGACCUUGGGGAAGUUCAUCAACAUGUUCGCUGUGCUGGAUGAGCUGAAGAACAUGAAGUGUAGCGUCAAGAAUGACCACUCUGCCUACAAACGAGCCGCUCAGUUCCUCCGAAAAAUGUCUGAGCCUGCGUCCAUCCAGGAGUCUCAGAAUCUGUCCAUGUUCCUGGCAAACCACAACAAAAUCACCCAGUCUCUGCAGCAGCAGCUAGAGGUAAUAAAUGGAUACGAAGAGCUGCUGGCAGACAUCGUCAACCUGUGUGUGGAUUACUAUGAGAACAAGAUGUACCUCACACCCAGUGAGAAACACAUGCUCCUGAAAGUAAUGGGGUUUGGUUUAUAUCUCAUGGAUGGAAACAGCAGCAACAUCUACAAACUAGAUGCCAAGAAGAGAAUUAACCUGACCAAGAUUGACAAGUUUUUCAAGCAACUCCAGGUGGUCCCGCUGUUCGGUGACAUGCAGAUUGAGCUGUCAAGAUACAUCAAAACCAGCGCUCACUUUGAAGAGAACAAAUCCAGAUGGACCUGCACAUCUAUUUCCAGCAGCCCUCAGUACAACAUCUGUGAGCAGAUGAUUCAGAUCCGCGAGGAUCACAUGCGCUUCAUCUCAGAGCUGGCUCGAUACAGCAACAGUGAAGUGGUGACCGGAUCAGGGCGUCAGGAGUCCCAAAAGACUGAUUCAGAGUACAGAAAGCUGUUUGAUUUGGCGCUGCAGGGCAUGCAGCUGCUCUCCCAGUGGAGUGCUCAUGUCAUGGAAGUGUACUCCUGGAAACUAGUACAUCCUACAGACAAGUACUCCAACAAAGAGUGUCCUGACAGCGCUGAGGAGUACGAGAGAGCCACCAGAUACAACUACACCAGCGAGGAGAAGUUUGCUCUUGUGGAGGUCAUUGCAAUGAUAAAGGGACUUCAGGUGCUGAUGGGUCGCAUGGAGAGUGUGUUCAAUCACGCAAUCCGCCACACCAUCUACUCGGCUCUGCAGGACUUUGCUCAAGUCACCCUGCGAGACCCGCUGAGACAGGCCAUCAAGAAGAAGAAGAAUGUUGUCCAGAGUGUCCUCCAGGCCAUCCGGAAGACGGUGUGUGACUGGGAGACAGGCCGGGAGCCGCACAACGACCCAGCGCUCCGUGGAGAGAAAGAUCCAAAGGGUGGAUUUGAUAUCAAGGUUCCCCGUCGAGCCGUCGGACCCUCAAGUACACAGCUCUACAUGGUGAGAACGAUGCUUGAGUCUCUCAUUGCUGACAAAAGCGGCUCCAAGAAAACUCUGCGUAGCAGUCUGGAAGGUCCCACCAUCCUGGACAUCGAGAAGUUUCACCGCGAGUCAUUCUUUUACACCCAUCUGCUGAACUUCAGUGAGACCCUGCAGCACUGUUGUGAUCUCUCCCAGCUCUGGUUCAGAGAGUUCUUCCUGGAGCUCACGAUGGGCCGCAGAAUCCAGUUCCCCAUCGAGAUGUCUAUGCCCUGGAUCCUCACUGACCACAUUUUGGAGACAAAAGAGGCUUCCAUGAUGGAGUAUGUACUGUAUCCACUGGAUCUGUACAAUGACAGUGCACACUACGCCCUGACCAAAUUCAAGAAGCAGUUCCUCUAUGAUGAAAUUGAGGCAGAGGUGAACUUGUGCUUUGAUCAGUUUGUCUACAAGCUGGCUGAUCAGAUAUUUGCUUACUACAAGAUUCUAGCAGGAAGUCUUCUGUUGGACAAACGUUUAAGAGCAGACUGUAAGAAUCAAGGAGCUAACAUCCCCUGGCCGGCCUCCAAUCGCUACGAGACGCUGCUGAAGCAACGCCACGUCCAGCUUCUAGGCCGCUCCAUUGAUCUGAACAGACUCAUCACUCAGAGGGUUUCAGCUGCUCUGCACAAAUCUCUGGAACUCGCCAUAAACCGCUUUGAGAGUGAAGACCUCACCUCAAUCAUGGAACUGGAAGGUCUUCUGGAAAUAAACCGAAUGACACACAAGCUUCUCAGUAAGUUUCUGACUCUGGACAGCUUGGAUGCCAUGUUCAGAGAGGCUAACCACAACGUGUCGGCGCCCUACGGCCGGAUAACUCUGCAUGUCUUCUGGGAGCUCAACUACGACUUCCUGCCAAACUACUGCUACAAUGGUUCCACCAACAGGUUUGUGCGCACCGUCCUGCCUUUCUCUCAGGAGUUUCAGAGGGACAAACCACCCAACGCUCAGCCUCAGUACUUGUACGGAUCAAAGACUCUCAAUCUGGCAUACAGCAGCAUAUUUGGUGCGUACAGGCACUUUGUGGGUCCUCCACAUAUUAAAGUCAUGUGCAGACUGCUGGGCUAUCAGGGCAUCGCUGUGGUGAUGGAGGAGCUGCUGAAGGUCGUCAAAAGUCUGCUUCAGGGCACCAUCAUGCAGUAUGUGAAGACUCUGAUGGAGGUGAUGCCCAAAAUCUGCAGACUGCCCCGGCAUGAGUACGGUUCACCAGGUAUCCUGGAGUUCUUUCACCACCAGCUGAAGGACAUCGUGGAGUACGCUGAGCUGAAGACGGUUUGUUUCCAGAACCUGAGAGAAGUUGGCAACGCCUUACUGUUCUGCCUGCUGAGUGAACAGAGUCUGUCACAGGAAGAAGUCUGUGAUCUGCUCCAUGCUGCUCCUUUCCAGAACAUUUUACCAAGAGUCCACGUUAAAGAGGGAGAACGCCUCGAUGCUAAGAUGAAACGCUUGGAGGCCAAAUAUACAGCGCUGCACAUGGUUCCUCUGAUAGAGCGUCUCGGCACCCCACAGCAAAUUGCCAUCGCUCGAGAAGGCGACCUGCUGACCAAAGAGAGGCUGUGCUGUGGUCUGUCCAUGUUCGAGGUCAUCCUCACACGCGUGCGAGGCUUCCUGGAUGACCCCAUCUGGCGUGGCCCGCUGCCUAGCAAUGGCGUGAUGCAUGUGGAUGAGUGUGUGGAGUUCCACCGUCUGUGGAGCGCCAUGCAGUUUGUGUACUGCAUCCCUGUGGGAGCUCACGAGUUCACUGUGGAGCAGUGCUUCGGGGACGGCCUGCACUGGGCGGGCUGCAUGAUCAUUGCCCUCCUGGGACAGACCAGACGCUUCGACAUCCUCGACUUCAGCUACCAUCUGCUCAAAGUGCAGAAACACGACGGCAAGGACGAGAUCAUCAAGAGUGUGCCUCUGAAGAAGAUGGUUGACAGAAUCCGCAAGUUCCAGGUCCUCAACAAUGAGAUCUUCGCCAUCCUGAACAAAUACCUGAAGUCAGGAGAUGGCGAGAACAUGCCGGUGGAGCACGUCCGAUGCUUCCAGCCACCAAUUCACCAGUCCCUCGCCAGCAGCUGAGGGACAGCGAUCACUGUCGAUACUGUGGACCAGUUCCAAACACUGUCAGCAUAACCACACUAUCUCUAAUAUUCCUCCUCAUUUACUCUUAGCAGCAAAGGACCAUUAAAUGUUCGCCACUUUUUGUCAGAUUUUUUGUUCUUUUUGUAUUCACUCGUGCCUUAUCAGAAUGAAUAGACAUUUUUGAAUGAGCUAUUAUUUGUUUUAUACUUCUAAAUCAGAGGGGAAAUUAGUUUUAUCAGAUGAGUAUUUAAGGGUUUGCAGUGGUGGAAUAAUAAGGGUGAACAGCGACAUAUUUUAAGUGUGGGUGGAGGUAAAAUUUGUAUUUUCUAUAUUUUUUGAACAUGCAUGCUAAACAUUUUAAAGGAAACUGAAAAGUAACAAACUCAUGUUAAGCAUUUAUUCACUGUGCCUUGUGUUUCAAAUGUUUUAAUCAUUUUAAUUCAAUAAAUAUGUAACAAAUC